AUGUCUGAGAACAUUUUGAAAUUGCAGCAAGUUAAUUCUGUUUUCAAAUCCAAAAGGGAAUAAAAAAUGGAUGAAAAUAGAAAAAUUCCAUCUGAGUCUCUUAUUUAAUAUUCUAAUCAAUAAGAAGCAACAUUAUAAUAAAUUAGAAAAAAGUAAUCACUUCCUAUACCAGCUUUAGAAUCAAAGCCUACAAUAGAUGUAACUAUAUUGAUUAGAUUAUAGGAACUCUUAAAUUCCUUAAUUAGACCAAGAGAUUGGGAAAUUGAUGGAAGGAGAUUAAUGUAAACAGUUUCAAUUGUUCCUCCUUCAAGAGAUGAUAUUACAAAUCUAUAAAAACUUUUAGAUGAAAGACUUGUAUCUAGAUAAGCUCGAGAAUAUCCUCUUUGUCCAAUUAGAGAAGAAUUAUUUGGUUAAUGUUUUGAUGAAAUUAUUAGAUAAGUCACAAUUGAUUGUUAGGAGAGAGGUAUAUCAUAAUCAUAAUUAUUUUUUAAGGAGUUAUUUUGGCAAGAGUUCGAGAUGAUUUAAAUAAAACUAUUUCUGCAUAUAAAACUUUAUAUGAAGGAUCUCUACCAUUUAGUCUUUAAAAAUAAUUAAAUGCAGAAGAUGGACUAAAUAAAUUAGAAUAAUAAAUGAUUUAAUUAAAUGAAAAGAAACAACAAUUAGAAUUAAGAGUAUUUUAAAUUUUAUUAUUUUAUUAGAAAUAAUUCUUAACUAAUAAAAAAGAAUCUCUUGAAAGAUAUAACAAAGAAAAAAAAGAUAAUAAUGAAUAAAGGAGAAAAGCAGAAAUUGAAUUUUUGAAAUUUCAAAAUUCUCAUCUUGAAUCAUAUCAGAAAUAAGUAAAUCCAAAUAAAAAUUAAUGAAUUUA